AUGAUCGAUAACGACGACUGCGAAUAUUUCAAUUCACAGCCGUCUUCAUCCAGACUAGCCGUUGGUAAUUAUCCUUCAUCAUCACCCGAUAAGAAUGCAAUGGAAAAGUGUGACAGAACCGCAGUAAGUUCUAUUGAGGUGAUAAUUGAUUUUACUCGACCGGAUGGUCAACGUACUCGACCGCUUCUGGUGGAUGGGAAACGUUUAUAUGUAGACGAGCAUUACAUCUCUGUAUGGUCACCCGUUUUACGUGCAUGGUGUGUUGAAUGUCCAGAUCGUGAGCUGAUCCUAGCUAAUGUUCAGUACGAUCACGUUCUCGAAAUGCUUCAUUGCAUACAUCCAACUUAUAAGGAAGUAGACGAUCAGUCUGUACAUAUUUUAUUACCACUUGCUUUUGAUUAUCAGAUGGAUGGUCUUUUGCAUCGUUGUGAAUGCUUCCUUGUGCAACAUAAAUUGCCUUUCUUGGAAAAAGUUUGGCUAGCUGAUAGAUAUAAAUUAAAUCGUUUAUUGGUAUUAUGUUUACGAGAGAUGAGGCCUAAUUCAAAAAUUGAUCUCACGGGUAGCCGUUAUUAUGGUUUAAGUGAUCGUGUCAAAGUAUUAUUGCUAGAAAGGUUACAUGGAUCUUCAGCACCUGAGGAAAUGUUGGAACAACCCAGUGACCUGGAACAGUUCCAUCGUCUUACAGAAUUAAAUUUUGCAAUGAUUCGUAGUAAAACAGGUCGCGGUUAUUAUGUCAAUCCAUAUUACAUUGCUGCAUGGUCAAAUGUUUUCCAAGAACGUAUAUCAUCAAUCAAAAAUAUGGAUGAAAUAUUUUGUCCAUGUACGCAUGAAGAAUUAAAAGCUUUUCUAAUGGCUGUUUAUCCACCACAGCUAAGGAUAACAGAAGCUAAUAUAGGACCAGUACUGAUGGCAGCAUGUAAGAUGGAAUCAUCGGGUUUGCUAAGGAAGUGCGCAAUGUUGCUUCUUGCGCCUCAUACUCAACUAUCAGUGUUUGUAAGAUUAUCGCUACUGGAUCGGUGCUUCCUUCAUCAAUUGCUCGAUCCUUGCCUUCAGAUGCUUCAUCGACCAGAGCAUUUACUCGAAAUGACUCAACAACAAACUUAUGAAUGCUUAUCAGUUCGGGCCCGUGCUGCAAUGUUGGAUCGUUUGACAAUAUUGCUAAAGAAUCCAGGAAUGAAAUCACACACCUGUCAAAAAUGUAGACAAUUGAGCGGAUGCGCACAAGUAACAUGGAUGUGUCCUCAUUGCAAUACAUAUUCCACUGAUGCAUCGUUGCCCAAGAAACCAACAGCAGGUGGAAUUACAGGUGGUAACUCUAAUAUCAAAAGGUGA